AUGAGAGAGGAGCUGAAUGAGGUGGUUCAAGAUCAAUCUCCACAAAAUCAAGCACAAUCUCAGGCAAAUUUAAAUGAGGCUGGACCGAGCAGAAGAAGAAGUUCAGUAAAUACAGUACGUCGAGGGACUCCUCCACCAAAUGACACAAUUUGGGAAGAUACUGUCUCAAAUAUUGCUUCUAUUGACUUUAGAUCUCCAGAGAAAGGCCCGACAUUUGAAGUUCAUGAAAAUACCACAUGCGAGGAAGUAUUUGACCAUUUAUUUACCACAGAGAUGAUAGAGUAUUUGGUUGAACGAACAAAUUCCUAUGGAGCUGCUCUUACCAAAACAAAUAGGCCACAUACACGUCAUGCACGCAAUGCUGCCUUUCGAGUAACAAAUCCUGAAGAGAUGAAAAAAUUUUUAGGUCUUACUUUAUUAAAUGGUCACAUUCGUGUUCCACAACAAAGGAAACUUUUUACAUAUGACGACCCCUUGUAUUUUCACCCUGUCUUUAACUAUACAAUGUCUUGCAGAAGGUAUGAGCAAAUUUUAAGAUGUCUGUAUGUAGCUGAUUUGGGUGCGAAAGGGUCUGGAAAAAUUGAAGGUUUUAUAAACACAGUGACUCAAAAUUUUCGAAAUGUAUUCAAUCCAGGUCAAGACUUGUCUCUUGACGAGUCUUUGCUACUUUAUAGAGGACGAUUAAUAUUUCGUCAGUACAUAAAAUCAAAAAAAGCUAGGUAUGGCAUAAAGUUUUACGUUUUAACUACAGCGGAUGGAUACGUUUUAAAUAUUAUAAUGUAUAGCGGAGCAGAAAAUAUUGAAGCCAAUGAAAGGAGGACUGACAAACUGGUACUGCGUUUAAUGCGCCCAUAUCUUUUAAAAGGGCAUAACUUAUUUAUGGACAAUUACUACAAUUCAGUGACCCUUUCUGAAAAAUUACUUGAUUUGAAAACACACACCAACGGCACGCUGCGUAAGACAAGAAAAGACAAUCCUAAAGAAAUUGUACAAAAGAAACUCCAAAAAGGCCAGCAUGUGUGGGCUAGGAAAGGAAAAGUCUAUGUAAGUGCCUGGAAAGAUAAAAGAGACGUCUAUAUGGUUACCACCAUGGAUCAUCCAGCGCUCAUUGAAGUCACAAACUGA